AUGAAUUCGUAUGGUUUUAUGGACAGUAUUCAAGUGGAGAAGGCCAAUGCGCUUGCUAGAUACAAGCGGUUUAACAACAUUUCAAAAAUGUUUAGAUUGAUCGAACUUUUCGUCGCCGUUGCUUUGAUUUCGUGGUCGUCGACUCGUCUUUCUACAGUUGUUAAAGUAUCCGGCGAGUAUCUGUACGCCUCUUUGUCUUACGUAUUGAAUCCACACUUCGUUUUUCUUGUCGGAAACGUUAUUGUUGUUCUUUGUUAUGUGCUCUCCGGUCACACGGACGUCGGUCACGAAUCUGCUAGUCCGGAAAUCUCCGACGAUAAUAAGUAUAGAUCUCUGAAUCAUCCUCAUAAAACAAACGAAAUCUCUUCCAAUGCAGAUCUGGUGGAAGAAUUUCCGGAUAUGAAAAAGGCAGCCACCGAAGAAAUUCAAGAUACGGUGGUUCGUUAUGAGAAUCCGAUCGUGAAAACCGAAUCAGAAGCGGCGGCGGCGGAAACGGCAAUCAAACAGGCUGCGAAACAGAUUGAGAGAUUUCAGCGGACACAAUCGGCCAAGUUGAAGCGAGAGAUUUCAAUGAAACCUGAGAGAGAAUUGAGGAGGUCAGUGACAGAGAGGCGGAGGAGGUCUGUCGUCAGCGCGGACGACAUAGACUCAAGGUCGUCGUCACCGGUGGAGAGGCUGAGCAACGAAGAGUUCCGUCUUGCCGUUGAGGCUUUCAUCUCGAAGCAACAGAGCUUUCUGAAGCAGCAGACCAUGGUUGAAAACUCAUAUUAUCAGUAA